AUGCACGCGAGCCACGACGGUGAGGAUGCCGGCGGCCACGGAGGUGGCGGCUAUGGCUACGGCGGCCACGAUGAAGACGACCACGGGCACGGCAUCCAUUUGCCGGACAUGUCGUACUACCCGUUGGUCCUUGCUGCGGGCAUCACCAGGACGCUGGCGACUGCCGGGUGUCACACGAGGAACUGGGAAGCUCCUGAUGUGGACCUUCCUGGCAUCAGACGUGAUGUUCUUCGGCGCAUUCAUCGCUACGUUUCUCGUCUACCGCAACCGGAGCCUCGAAGGGCCUUACCCCAACCAGGUGCUGGACAUACCGUCACCUCGGUCAGCACGUUCGUGCUUCUCAUGAGUUCGCUGGCCAUGGUGCUGGCGCUGGACGGCAUACGGCGCAACAAUAAAACGAUCGGCCGGUUCUGGAUUCUGGCCACCGCUUCCCUGGGUUCGGUUUUCCUGGGCUUUCAGGUGUUCGAGUUCAACGAGUUCGUUCAUCUGGGGCUGACACCCCAGACUAACCUGUUCGGCACGACCUUCUUCAUAUUGACCGGUCUGCACGGAACACACGUUACGCUGGGUGUGAUUUGGCUGUUACUCAUGGCCCUGGUGUUUUCGCCCUCACCCCUGGAACGGUGGGGCCUCGUGCUUGCGGUUGCGGGCUUCUAUGCGUUCAUGAUUUCGACGUUGAGCGGAAUCUUCACCGGCGCGGACAGUUCCCUGGCGGUCAUCACGACACUCACCGGCUGGCCGGCGAUGGUGUUGCUCCUGCUGGCCAUCGUGGGCAUAUUCGGCGGGCUGAGAAUACUGUCGACCGCCGGCAAGGGUGACAAGUCGAGCGACGGGGCCCUGGACCUUGAAAUGGCCGGGUUGUACUGGCACUUUGUCGACAUCGUCUGGAUCGUUAUCUUUACCGUUAUUUACCUGAUAUCGGCUACGGACGGCAUGCCUCCGGGCAGCAUACCGUUCGAACUCCCCGGCCACGGCUAG